AUGAUUUUCCUACCCCCAGGGGCUCUGUCAAGACCGGUUGUGGGCGAGGAGAGAUUCGAACCCCCGACACCGUGGUUCGUAGCCACGUGCUCUAAUCCUCUGAGCUACAGGCCCCACCCCGUCUCCACUGGAUCUGUUCCCGGGGAGUCAUGUAAGAACAAGAUUCAAGUCUACCGGUCUGUUAGGAUGCCUCAGCUGCAUACAUCACUGCACUUCCACUUGACACCUAUCGUAAUGAUAAACGACUCGUCUCGCUGUGACCUUCUCUUGAAUUCUCAAGACUUCUGUCGCUCCAUGCCCGCAGGGGUAGAGAGCCCGUCGCUGUCUCGGCUGUGCUACCGGAAGCUCUGGGGAAGUCGGAAUAGGAGAGCACUCAUCUUGGGGUGGGCUCACUACAUAGAUGCUUUCAGCAGUUAUCCGCUCCGCACUUGGCUACCCAGCGUUUACCGUGGGCACGAUAACUGGUACACCAGAGGUGCGUCCUUCUCGGUCCUCUCGUACUAG